AUGUGUGGGUUCAAGUUUCGCCGGUGUCCAUCUUUUUAUGUGAAGUGUUGGGUGGGGCGUCUGCAGUUUUUCUUUCUUUCUUUCUUUCUUUCUUUCUUUCUUUCUUUCUUUCUUUCUUUCUUUCUUUUUCAUUCAUUCUUUAUUUCUCUAGUGUUUUUUUUCUUCAUAUUUCUUCUUCGUAGCCGAAUUCCUUCCCAUGAAAUUUUCCUAUUUUUUUCCUUUUUUUUGGAACACACUUAUCUUCUUUCUUGUUUUCUAUUUUGUUUCUUUCACACCCAGCUUCUUAUUAGUCAAAAUAUUUCUUUUUCGUUCUCUUCUUUCUUUCUUUCUUUCUUUCUUUCUUUCUUGCUCGCUUGUUUGAUUUAUUGGUUCAGUAGUUUUUCUAUUUCUUUAUUUUCUUUGAUAAACAUAUUUCUCUCUCUCUCUCUCUCUCUUUGCAUUCUUUGUCAUUCUUUCGUUCCUGUCCCCGUAAUUCAUUCUCUCUUUCUUCAUUGCGUUUUUUUCUAA